CACCAACCCUUUCUAUAUAUACACCAUCUUCUUUACUAUCACUCUAUAUAUAAUUUGAAAACAAAAAAGAAAAGCAAAAAGAAAAAAGGUUGAAAAAAAUGGUGCUUUUGGAUCAUUUGUGGGAUGACGUGGUGGCCGGACCUCAGCCGGAGCGUGGCCUCAAACAUCUUAAGAAGGUCUACACCCAGCCCUUGAACAUCAAAGGAUUGUUGGAUGUUGGAGAGGGUAGUAGCAAGUUCCAGAAGUCUCUGUCGAUGCCGUCGAGCCCAGUGACGCCGGGAACGCCGACUACGCCGUCGCCUACGGCGGCGGCGCGUAAGGAUAACGUGUGGCGGAGCGUGUUCCACCCCGGGAGCAACCUCGCCACCAAGACCAUCGGAACUGACUACUUCGACAAACCGCAGCCCAACUCCCCCACUGUUUAUGACUGGCUUUACAGUGGAGAUACGAGGAGCAAACAUCAGUGAAGAUUUGGAGUCACCGGUGCUGCAUGUAAAUAUUGAAGUCGAGCAAUAUAUAAUAUAUAUAUAUUAUGUGUGUGUGUGUGUGUUUCUGUAUAUGUAUAUAGGUUGGGGUUCUGAUUUCCUGCGUUAAUUAUGAUGUGAUUAGUGAAGUUGUUUUGAGCUAAUCGAGUAUUUAAGUUUUGUAUUAACUAUUAAGCAAAUCAAGAGAACAACACCGUUUAGUGGUGCACUGCGUUUUUCUUACCGUGUAGAUCGGACUUCUCCGAUCAAUUUAUGUAUGUGCAGUAAUAAAAUAAGUUUGACCUCAUCAA